UUAGAAAACCACAUAAUUCUUGAGGUACUGGGGCCUCACUCUAUUCCUUUUGGCUCUCACUUUCGAGGAAUGUGCCUUUCCUCCUCUUCACUUUUAUGACAGUAGUUGUGUACAGAAUAAAACCGUGGAAGACUUUGUCUAUCACCACCACAACCACAAUCUCAAACUCAAAUACAAACGCAAGAUCUGCUCUUUCCUGAUUACCAUGGCAGAAUCAUUUCUCUUCGAUGUUGCCAAUUCGCUGCUUGGGAAGGUUGCUUCUUUUGCUUGUCAAGAAGCUUCUCUGGCUUAUGGUGCGAAAGACGAUCUAGAACGUUUCAGAGAAUCUUUGCUAAUUGUCAGAGGUUAUCUACUGGAUGCUGAGUCCAGGAAAGACCAAAGUCACGCUUUGUGUGAAUGGCUGAGGCAGAUCCAAAACAUUUGCUUUGACGCUGAAGAUAUAUUUGAUAAACUUGAGUUGCAAGACACGAGGAAGCAAAUUGUCAAAUCCUCUGGAAGCAUCACAAAGAAGGUAAGCCACUUGUUUUCUUCCUCUAAUCCAAUUGUAUUCCUUCCUAGGAUGGGACAUCAAAUCAAAGAGAUUACCGACAAAUUGGAGAAGAAAGCAGCCGAGGGGAAAACGUAUGGGCUUACAACUAUUCUCGAACUUGUUGUGCAAGAAAGAGAAUUGACUUAUCCUGACGUUAAUGUUUCACGUGUAAUUGGAAGGGAUAAUGAUAAAGAUGAAAUUAUCAAGCUUUUGAUGCAACCUUUUCCUCAGGAUGGAAAUGAUGGUGAUAAAAGCAUGUGUGUCAUUCCCAUUGUGGGAAUGGGAGGAUUAGGGAAGACCACUCUUGCAAAGUUGGUGUUCAAUGAUGACACAGUGGAUCAGCUUUUCCAAUUGAAGAUGUGGGUAUGUGUCUCUCUUAAUUUUGACAUCAAGCAGAUAAUCAUUAAAAUCAUCAACUCAGCCACUACUGCAGAUUCUAAAGUACGCUUCAGCUCCAUUCACUCCUCAAGAGAACAUUGACAGCUUAGAUAUUGUGCAGCUAGUAAGUCGUUUCAAACAAAAACUUUCUGGACAAAAGUUUCUACUUGUGUUAGAUGACAUAUGGAACGAAGAUCGUCAAAAGUGGAUUGAGUUGGAAGAUUUGAUCAAAGUUGGCGCACCAGGAAGCAAAAUAAUGGUGACAACACGUAGUACAUCUAUUGCUUCCAUGAUGGGUAAUGUUUCCUCAUAUGAAUUAAAAGGUCUUUCUUC